AUGGAUCGAGAAAAUGGGCAAAGGGGUUGGUCACCAGUAGCACGGGGUGUGGGUGAACGAGGAGACAUCGACGGGCCUGCUGCUCAGCGCCGGGGGAUUGGAAGGAGCAGCGAUGGGAGAUGGGUCGCCGCCGACGGCUGCGGCUCGGCCGCUGUCCAUGGAGAGGCGGGUGAGGUCGGCGACGGGGAGUGGCUGGUGGAAGCGUGGACCUAUGUGGCAGAGUGCCAGAGCUCGGAGCUGGGCUUGGGUUGA